AUGAUUCUGGCACGGAUGAACUCGCAGGUGCAGCCGGAGAACGGCGGGGCUGACCCGGAGUCCGAGCAACCCCUACGGGCGCGUAAGUCGGCGGCGGAGCUGCUGGUGGUGAAGGAGCGCAAUGGUGUCCAGUGCCUCCUGGCGUCCCGCGACGACGACGCGCAGCCCCGGGAGACCUGGAGCAAGAAGAUCGACUUCCUGCUGUCGGUGGUCGGCUUCUCUGUGGACCUGGCCAACGUGUGGCGCUUUCCCUACCUCUGCUACAAGAAUGGUGGAGGGGCCUUUCUGAUCCCAUAUACUCUCUUCCUCAUCAUCGCGGGCAUGCCCCUAUUCUACAUGGAGCUGGCGCUGGGUCAGUACAACCGUGAGGGUGCAGCCACUGUGUGGAAGAUUUGCCCAUUCUUCAAAGGUGUUGGCUAUGCUGUGAUUCUCAUCGCCAUUUAUGUUGGCUUCUACUACAAUGUCAUCAUCGCAUGGUCUCUCUACUACCUCUUCUCCUCCUUCACUUUCAACCUACCCUGGACUGACUGCGGCCAUGCCUGGAAUAGCCCCAACUGCACCGACCCCAAGCUCCUCAAUGCCUCAGUGCUGGGCAACCACACCAAAUACUCCAAGUACAAGUUUACACCAGCGGCCGAGUUUUAUGAGCGUGGUGUACUGCACCUUCACGAGAGCACUGGCAUUGGCGACAUAGGCCUGCCUCAGUGGCAGCUCCUGCUCUGCCUCAUGGUGGUCGUUGUUGUUCUCUACUUCAGCCUCUGGAAAGGAGUGAAGACAUCAGGAAAGGUAGUGUGGAUCACGGCCACGCUGCCCUACGUGGUACUCUUCGUCCUGCUGGUCCAUGGUAUCACGCUUCCUGGCGCCUCCAACGGCAUCAGCGCCUACCUGCACAUCGAUUUCUACCGCCUCAAAGAGGCCACGGUGUGGAUCGAUGCUGCCACGCAGAUCUUUUUUUCCUUGGGGGCUGGAUUCGGUGUCCUGAUCGCCUUUGCUAGUUACAACAAAUUCGACAACAAUUGCUACAGGGAUGCUCUGCUCACCAGCACCAUCAACUGCGUCACCAGUUUCAUCUCAGGCUUCGCCAUCUUCUCCAUCCUUGGCUACAUGGCUCAUGAGCACAAGGUCAACAUAGAGGAUGUGGCCACUGAAGGUGCUGGCCUGGUCUUCAUCCUGUACCCUGAAGCCAUCUCCACCUUGUCGGGAUCCACAUUCUGGGCCAUUGUGUUCUUCAUCAUGCUUCUGGCUCUGGGGAUUGACAGCUCGAUGGGAGGCAUGGAGGCCGUCAUCACCGGGCUAGCCGAUGACUUCCAGGUCCUAAAGCGGCACCGGAAACUCUUCACCUUUGGGGUCACCUUUGGCACAUUCCUUCUUGCCUUGUUUUGCAUAACCAAGGGCGGGAUCUAUGUGCUGACACUGCUGGAUACCUUCGCAGCAGGGACAUCCAUUCUCUUUGCUGUGCUCAUGGAAGCCAUUGGCGUCUCGUGGUUUUAUGGUGUGGACAGAUUCAGCAGCGACAUCCAGCAGAUGAUGGGGUUCAAGCCCGGCCUGUACUGGAGAUUAUGCUGGAAGUUUGUCAGCCCUGCCUUCCUUCUGUUCGUGGUGGUGGUGAGCAUCAUCAACUCCAAGCCGCUCACCUAUGAUGAAUACGUCUUCCCGCCCUGGGCCAACUGGGUGGGCUGGGGCGUGGCGCUGUCCUCCAUGGUGCUGGUACCCACCUACGUCGUCUACAAGUUCCUCACCCUGCGGGGCACCCUCUGGGAGAGGUUGGCAUAUGGUGUCACGCCAGAGAAUGAGCACCACCUGGUGGCCCAGCGCGAUGUUCGACAGUUCCAGCUGAAGCACUGGCUGGCCAUCUGAGCCCCUGGGGCCUCCCUGAUGAGCACCCACUUCACUGC